AUGUCUUUCUUUGAAAGACCCUCCGUGGUCUACACCAGCGCCAUCGCGCUGCGCGCCCUCCUCCUCAUCUACGGCGCCUGGCAAGACGCCCACUCCGCCGUCAAAUACACCGACAUCGACUACCUGGUCUUCACCGACGCGGCGCGGUACGUCGCGCACGGCGCAACCCCCUACGCCCGCGACACGUACCGCUACACGCCGCUGCUCGCCUGGCUGCUCCUCCCAACCACCUGGAACUUGCCGGGCUGCUUCGCGUUCGGAAAAGCGCUCUUCGCGCUGGCCGACGUGCUGGCCGGCUGCCUGAUCGCCAAGUCGCUCGAGUCGGCGUACGGGAUGCCGCCCGCGACGGCGCGCAAGUACGCCAGCGUGUGGCUGCUCAACCCGAUGGUCGCGAACAUCAGCACGCGCGGCAGCUCCGAGGGACUGCUGUGCGUGCUGGUCGUGGCGCUGGUGUGGGCGGCGCUGCGGCGGCGGGUGACCCUCGCGGGCGUGCUGCUGGGGCUGGCGGUGCAUUUCAAGAUCUACCCGUUUAUCUACGGGGUGUCGAUGCUGUGCUGGCUGCGUCCCGACGCCCCGAACGAGGAGGGGACAGCCGGCAGGAAGAAGGAAAGUCUACUGGGGCAGGCGAUGGCGCAGGUCACGCCGGCCCGCGUGCAUCUCACGCUGACCGCGCUGGCGACCUUCUCCGCCCUCAACAUCUCCAUGUACAUGCACUACGGCGUGCCGUUCGUCCAGCACACGUAUCUGCACCAUCUGACCCGCAUCGACCACCGGCACAACUUCUCGCCCUACGGCACGCUGCUGUAUCUCUCUGCAGCGGGCGACGCCGCCGGCCGCUUCGAAGCGCUGGCCUUCAUCCCGCAGCUGCUGCUGGCUGUCGUGGCGAUCCCGCUGGUCCUUGCGCGGAAGAGUCUGCCUGGGGCGAUGAUGGCGCAGACGUUUGCGUUUGUGACCUUCAAUAAGGUCUGCACGAGUCAGUAUUUCCUGUGGUACCUGGUGUUUUUGCCGUUCUAUCUGCCGCAGUCGUCCUUGCGGAGUCGGCUUGGUGUGGUGGUUUUGGCGCUGUGGGUUGGCGCGCAGGCCCUCUGGCUCCAGCAAGGGUAUAACCUGGAGUUUCUAGGAAUAUCCACCUUCGUACCAGUCAUAUACCUAUGA